AUGAACGGUCGUCAUCUGCCGGCAGGGCAAGGUAUGCAACAAGACCUAGGAAGACGGAGACCUUAUAGUCAUCAAGCUCAACCAUAUCCACCGGCGGCACCUCUGUACAAUGGGUACAUGCACCCGUACAACGCGAAUUAUUACCAUCCACAAACAUUGCCUCCUCAAUAUUAUAAUAAUGGCUUGACUCAACAGUAUAACCCAUACCAACACUAUGGUCGCUCGCCUCCGCCAAUGAUGACGCAUUAUACUCACCCACCACCACCUCCGCUUCAACCCCAAGCACCACCUUUCGUUCGACCUCAGCCAUCGCCUGCUAUUGCUGCCUCUCACCCGCCAGUAGUUGCGUCGUCUUACCAGCCAGCUCCCGCGCCUCCACUACCUCAAACUCCCUCGAGCUUCUCAACACAAUCGUCCAACACCCUUUCUGCAGGACCUCUCACACCCCCAACUCCACAAAUACAACCUGUUGCUCAGUCUCCACCUCCAGCUCCCAAACACUACAUACCUUUUCAGGCACCUCUGCCUUGGAUAUCACCCAACACUACUGCACCCUGGCCGACCAGACGGCGUCGGAAAAGAAAGCAGAGUCCAGAGUUGUCUACGAACCCUGUGGAGCUUCCAAGUCUAGACAAGGAGAUUGAUACUGAGUCGAAGAAGGGCGUGGAGACGUCAGAAUCAUCGUCAGAACCAAAGCCGAGCAUUGAAGAAGCUUCAGAGCCUACACCUGAAACACCUACUACUACCCAAGGUCCAUCAGAAGACACUGGAUCUACAGUGCCAACUACUCCAUCUUCUACAAAAGCCUCGUCUCUGCCUGCAGGUGGAGAAGUAACUCCUGUGGCUACAAAAUCCCAGCGAGCUACUGUCCCUGCUGUCCCUGCCGUCCCUGCCAUACGUGCCAUUACCAAAUCUCACCCAAAAAGUACACCAUCGACGAAUUCUCAAAAUGUCAAUGGCCAAGAUGUAGCUGAGGCAGAAGUGACUAAGUCCGAAGUGACAAAUGAGAAUGAUGCCAAUGGCCCUACUUCUGAAGAAGUCAAGGAAACACCUCCCCUUGUCAAAGCGUGGGCUACACCAAGAGCUUGGACUGGUCUUUUUGGUUCAUCUGGCGCUCCUACAGCUCCUACCACUGUCAAUGGUGGACAGAAUGGAUCUUCCGAAUUCGGCAAAAAUAAUUCGGAAUCACUAGCUGAAGCAUUGCGUUCAUUCAAGGCCGAAGCCAAGGACUCCAAAAUAUCAUUCCUUGAGCCUCGAGGUCUAGUGAACACUGGUAACAUGUGCUAUAUGAACUCGGUUUUACAAGUUCUUGUUUUCUGUACCCCUUUCUAUGACUUUCUUGAUCAAGUUAGUAAGAAAGCAGCGCAUAGCUUCAAGAGUCAAACACCUUUAAUUGAUGCCAUGAUCAUGUUUAUGCGGGAGUUUUCAGUUAUUGAUUCUGCAAAAUCAUCUGAGCAACUCAAAAUGAGACUUAAGGAAGGAAAACUUGAGCAAUAUGGAGAUUCUUUCACGCCAGAUUUUGUCUACGAUGUCAUGCGACGUUUACCGAGAUUUGUCACAAUGCAGAGAGGCCAUCAACAAGACGCGGAAGAAUUUCUUGGCUUUUUACUUGAAGGGCUUCAUGAUGAAUGUGUAUAUGUCAUGAAGUCAAGUGACUCGAGCAAGAAUUCGGCUGUCACCACACCCAUGAACGUACCUUCGUCUCCUAUCAGCGAUACUGCGAGCCGACGCGGAUCUGUUGACGACGUAUGGCAACAGGUUGGACCUAAACAAAAAGCUGCUAUUACCAGAUCUUCUGGAACUAUACUUACUGGUUCUCCAGUCACUAAAAUCUUUGGUGGUAGCUUGAGAUCCGAAUUGCGUGUACCAGGCUUGAAAGACUCCAUUACUCUUGAGCCAUAUCAGCCACUACAACUGGAUAUCGGUUCCCCAGAUAUCCAUAACAUCGUUGAUGCCUUGAAAGGCCUAACACAUUCAGAGGUCCUUCAUGGCGAUUUCAAGUCUCCAAAGGGUCCCAAUGUAACCGCGACAAAGCAAGUAUUCAUUGAGACAGUACCCCCUGUACUCAUCUUGCACCUGAAGCGUUUCCAAUACGACAACACUGGCGGCACACAAAAGAUUUGGAAGAAGGUUGGAUAUCCUUUGGAACUCGAAUUACCAAAGGAAGUCUUCCCAAGAACUAAGCGUAGUGUUUUUGCUCAUGAUGGCUAUCCAAAGUAUCGUCUAAUUGGCGUUGUCUAUCACCACGGUAAGAAUGCCAGCGGUGGACACUAUACUGUAGACGUCAGAAGACAAGAUGGGAAGGAGUGGAUCAGACUUGACGACACUGUCAUCAAGCGUGUAAGGAGUGAAGAUGUAGCUGAAGGAGGAAGCGAAGAAGAUCCAAAGGUUUUGGCCGCUGCUUUGGAGGCUCAUAAGAAGGAUAGUUCAUCGCCAGGAAACAUUUUUGCUUCAAUUGGAGAAGAAAAUGGAGAAACUGAAGAGGAUGGAUGGAAACAAGCCAGUGGGUCUGGAAAGAAAUGGUCAAGCGUAUUAAAUGGCGCUUCCACACCAAAGUCCAAACCUGCCACUGGAUACGGGGCUGGUAAAUCCUCACUCAUGGAUAACAAGGUCGCGUAUCUUUUGUUCUAUCAGAAAGUAUGA